GAGAGGAUAGAAAUAUUAUGAAUGAAACCCACGCACUUCUGUCUAUCACACGCAAGCUCGAAACGAAUGAAAUAUCGAUUUGAUAAACAAGAACCCCGAAUGGCCAGAAUUUCGCGGUUGAAAAAAUACGAAUUUCUGAUUGGCUACAGAGGGUCAUCCACCUGAUUUUGACACUCGACAUACAAAUGUGACAAACGCAUAAUAAUGAUGUAGAGUAACGUUUCGCAAAAUCACAAUAUAACGCUGCUUUCAUCGGAUACCAAGAUAAGUUGUAAAGCUCCUUUAGAAUCGGGUGAAAUUUUACCGACAUAACCGAAAUGGACAACACAGCGACAGCCGAGUGUCUCACCCUGGAUUUUGGGCCUUUCGAAACGGUUCACCGUUGGCAACAAAUGCCAGAAUGUGAUGAAUUUGUUGGAGCCAGACGAAGCAAGCACACGGUAGUAGCAUAUAAAGAUGCUAUUUACGUAUUUGGAGGAGAUAACGGAAAGAAAAUGUUGAAUGAUUUGCUACGGUUUGACGUUAAAGAAAAAUCUUGGGGUAGGGCGUUCUCCACUGGGAUUCCGCCAGCACCAAGAUAUCACCACUCAGCCGUAGUUUAUGACGUUUCUAUGUUCGUUUUUGGUGGAUACACUGGAGACAUUCAUUCAAAUUCUAAUUUAACCAACAAGAAUGAUUUAUUUGAGUAUAAAUUCAAGACUGGUCAAUGGAUUGAGUGGCGGUUUAUUGGAAAAACACCUGUACCCAGAUCAGCCCAUGGUGCUGCAGUGUAUGAUAAUAAGCUUUGGAUAUUCGCUGGGUACGAUGGGAAUGCUAGAUUAAAUGAUAUGUGGACCAUAUCGCUGCUUCCAGGAGAUAUGAGAGUUUGGGAAGAAGUUGCGCAAUCUGGAGAUUGUCCACCAACGUGUUGCAAUUUCCCUGUAGCUGUUGCUCGUGAAUCUAUGUUCGUUUUCAGUGGUCAGAGUGGAGCCAAAAUUACAAACAGCUUGUUUCAGUUCCACUUCAAAGACAAAAGGUGGACUCGAAUAUCCACAGAGCAUAUAUUGAGAGGUGCUCCACCUCCUCCAGCUCGCCGUUAUGGUCACACAAUGGUCAGUUUUGACAGGCAUCUUUAUGUCUUUGGUGGAACGGCAGAUUCAACCCUACCCAAUGAUUUGCAUUGUUACGACCUGGAUACACAGACAUGGAGUGUAAUUUUAUCAUCGGCAGACAGCCAAGUACCAUCUGGACGAUUAUUUCAUGCUGCAGCAGUAAUUGGGGAAGCUAUGUUUAUAUUUGGAGGCACUGUAGACAACAAUGUGAGAUCUGGUGAGAUGUACAGGUUUCAAUUUUCUUCUUAUCCUAAAUGUACUCUGCACGAUGAUUUUGGAAGAUUGCUCAGCAGUCAACAGUUCUGCGACGUCCAGUUUAUUGUUGGAGAAAGCGAAGAGAAAAUACCAGCACAUAUUGCUAUGGUAGCCGCACGAUCUCAGUGGUUAAGAGCUAGAAUUAAACAAGCCCAAGAUCAGAGAGAAAAGCAUCUUGAAAAAAUUUUAGGCAUUACCGAUCUACCGCUCAAAGAUUUACCGUUGCUAGAAGUCAAAUUGAAGGAUGCUGUGCCGGAAGCCUUUGAAAUGGUGUUGAACUACAUAUACACUGAUCGAAUAGAUCCUACGAAAAAAAUAGAAGAUCCGUUGAGCAACAGAAUCGUACUUCUAAUGAUGGACGUUUAUCGACUAGCUGUUCAAUUUCACAUGAAAAGAUUAGAACAACUUUGUGUUCAAUAUCUUGAAGCUACUAUCAGUCAUGCAAACGUUCUUGAAGCACUUCAUAAUGCAGCACUUUUAAAGUUGUAUUUUAUUAAAGAAUUCUGCUUGAGUUUUGUUGUCAAGGACAGUAACUACAAUCAAAUAGUGAUGAGCCAGGAAUUUGAAACAUUGGAUCAACCCUUAAUGGUAGAAAUCAUAAGAAGAAGGCAAAUGCCGCAAGCUAAAAACUUUCUAAAGUCAUACGAAUCGACAGAAUUUGCACACAUUCAUGUGUUGGGAACAACUCUAGAGCAGGAUAUGGAGGUCUUUUUAAAGAGUGCGAGCACCGAAUUUUGUGAUAUUAUGCUGAUGUUGCAUGGGACACCCAUACCAGCACACAAGGCUAUCCUUGCCGCUAGAUGCAGUUAUUUCGAAGGCAUGUUCCGAUCUUUUAUGCCUGAAGACAACAUAGUGAACAUCCAAAUCGGAGAGAUGAUUCCUUCAAAAGAAUCAUUCGAUUCCCUGCUCAGGUAUAUUUAUUACGCAGACGUCUUAAUGCCUCCUGAGGACUCCCUAUACCUAUUCACUGCACCAGUAUUUUACGGCUUUACAAAUAAUCGCCUGCAAGCCUUUUGCAAGCAAAAUCUUGAAAUGAAUGUUACGUUUGAAAACGUUAUACAAAUUCUUGAAGCUGCGGAUAGAAUGCAGGCUAUUGACAUGAAAAAAUAUGCUCUCAAUCUGAUCGUCCAUCAUUUUAGCAAGGUGGCACGAUUGCCAAAAUUGAAGCAGUUGAGUCGAGAACUUUUACUGGAUAUUAUAGAGGCAUUGGCGGAUGAAAAGAGUGAGGCUCGAAUGUGUCAGGACAUGUCCAGUGCUAGUCUUUCCAGUGACUGCUGACAGACUUCCAGUCAGGUAUGGAGAGCUCCCAUGCCCUCCAGUUUUCAGGAGUUAUUUCGAGUGAAUUUCAUCUUGAUAACACGCAUGAUACUGUUCAUUGGGAACUACUACUUUGAUUUAAAGAUGUGUCCGCAAUAUAGACAAGGCUACAGGCGAUGUAACCAUAAGAAGAAGCGACAUCAUCGAUUUAAAAUUCACUGACAGUUGGCAUGACUUUUAUUACGACUGCUAGCGUGUCUCAAGAAAAAAGAUGACACCAGCAGCUUCAACUAUUGAAUUUUUUUCACAUGAAUGGAUUAUUACGUGAUAAGUCUUUGAAAUCUCGUCACCAAUUUAGUCAUAUUCAAUUUAUAGUAUAGUAAUAGCAGACAGCUAAUUGUUAGUAAUAUACUUGUUGCCCUUGACAAUGACCAGUAAAAGCAUGUCUCAAAGUUCUUGUAUUGGCUUCAACAAAUCAAUAAUCUGCUCAAAUAAGAUGAUAAGCAUAAGUGUGAUAUUGGUCAGUUUGCAGCGUUCGCAGGAUGAGUUCAUUUACGAAAAUUAAAAAAUAAAUUACCACAGUAAAGUACGUUAUUAUUUAUUGCAGUUAGUAGUGAUUUCGAAUAGUUUUUUACUUUUUCCAAAUAAAUCUAGUCACACUUAACCCGGUGGAAGAAUUAGAAUUAAUGAUGAAAUGACACAAAUCGUACAAUACUUAUGGUCAUUUCUAGGAUAAAAAAAAUAUGAAGCAAGUAUCGUACUAUGUUACAAGCUUUUGUAUAAUAAAGAGCUGUAAUACGAUUUGCUGGUAAAUGCUAGUAAAAACAGAAAUUAGUUUUACGAAAUCUUAAGAUAUUAAGCACGCGAAUUAGUACGAGUUAUUGAAACAUCUGCGCAAGAAUUCAACAUUCCACAACCGUAAUAAUAGAAUAUUUUGUUUAUUAAUUGUGAAUUUAAGAAGAUUCGGGUCCUAUCACUGUCAAAAGUAACUACCGUUUCAGGUUAUCCUAAUUUCUAAAUUUCACGGUUAUCCUCUCUCAAGUUACAUGAUAUCGUAGUUAUUAAUUAGGUACUUAAUUACCUAUAUUUAGAAAAUAAUUUUGAAUAACAGAUGUAGUCCUUUAAUGUUUUAUCUUUACUAUUCAGAAAUUCUAAUGUAUUGUUACAUUCAUCAAGACAUAUUGAGCGAGAAAGCAUUGUCUCUGUAUAAAUGAUGGCGUUGACAGGUUUUUUUAAGCAUCACUGAAAUCGUAUACAUAAGUUUGUAUUCAUUAAGCAAACCAUAAUUAGCGAAAAUUGUAUGGUUAAAAGUUUUUUCAUUCACUUGAAGUGUUUGCGAACGUGUGUUAUGUAAGAAUUUGACACAGCUAAUCUGCACCUUGAUCUAACGUUGGUGUAAUUAAAUUUAUUUGUAUAUAUAUUUUUAAUCAAUUAAUGUAUCAUUGAUUGUUUUCUAUUUACGAGCAUUCUUAGUAAUGUAUGAUCAUACUCAAAUGACAGUGUUGAGUGUGGAAAGUUUAACUUAUUCAAUAUUCAAUAUUGAUAUUGAAUAGGUUUGAUGCAUUUGGGAUGUCCAACAAUUUUUGUUAUUCCAUUUGGUGAGAAAUUUGAUUAUUCAUCAACGUGAUACGUAAACAAAAGUUUCACUGAUAAUGCUCAACGGUUUUUUUUUUCUUUAUAGCCAGCACAGUUUAAUGGUAACAAUUUCUGUAUUAAGUCAUUCGUUUCACUGUAUAAUUGCUGUUGCCUGUGCAAAAUUUAUGUGUGACUAUUGAUAGAAAAGCACAAAACGAACAGAAUCUCUGCAUGUGCCAAAUUAUGUUAGAACCAAUCUAAUUUUAAAAAAGUGCAAUAUUUGAAUAAAACAAAGCAUUAUAUCUAACAAUAUUUAUUUUAACGUAGCUUGGUUUUGAAUAAUAAUAUGCAAGCGUUCACACCAUUUGAUAUGCAAACACUUGAACAAUAUAAUAAUCUUGUUAUAUGUAUAUACUCUGUGGAACUGCCACAAAACUUGUUCGAUAUUAUAGAUUCUCAAAAAUAAUAAAGAAAAUAUCAUAAA